AUGCCCGGUCACACGAAGCGGUCGCACGUGCUGAGCGCGCGCGCGCACGAGUACGUCGACGCGGCGACGCUGCCGAAGACGUUCGUGUGGAACGACGUCAAGGGACACAACUUUUUGACGAAGUCGCUGAAUCAGCACAUCCCUCAGUAUUGCGGUUCGUGCUGGGCGCACGGUGCGAUGAGCGCGCUGGCGGAUCGAAUUCAAAUUGCGAGCGGGAAGAAACGAGCGCAAGACGUGAACUUGGCGAUUCAGCACAUUCUAAACUGCGGGACGGAAAUCGCGGGGUCCUGUCACGGGGGAUCGCACACCGGAGCUUAUCAAUUCGUUCACGACACUGGAUUCGUGCCGUACGACACGUGUUUGCCCUACGAAGCGUGCAGUGCGGAAUCUACCGAAGGUAACUGCGCGCGAGGUGGUGAUUACACGUGCACGGCGAUGAACACCUGCCGAACGUGCAGCACGUUUGCGGAAUUCGGCGGCUUUUGCAGCGCGCUGUCAACGUUCCCGAACGCCACCGUCGCGGAGUACGGGAUGAUCUCGGGUGAAAAGGAAAUCAUGGCUGAAAUUUUCGCUCGCGGUCCCGUGUCUGCGGGGAUCGAUGCCGAUGGAUUGCGAGGUUACGUCGGCGGCAUCUACAAAGACACGCCGGAUUUCGAAAUCAAUCACAUCGUCUCCAUCGUCGGCUGGGGUACCGCGGAUGAUGGAACCAAAUACUGGGUCGUGCGUAACUCGUGGGGUCAAUACUGGGGAGAGAUGGGUUUUUUUCGCAUCAUUCGAGGCGUGAACUCUCUCGGAAUCGAAGACGAAGUCGCGUGGGCGACGCCCGGCUCUUGGACCCACAUGAACUUCGCGUGCUACGAAGACGGGAGCAACUGUAUUCGCAAGAAGGACUACGUCGACCCAUCCACGCCCGGACGCAAGCCGUACGGCGAGUAUCAUCUGGAAAACUAG